UUGUGAAGGCCAACACCGGAAGAGCAAAGCUUUUCUCCGGAAAAGCGGGCUGAGUGGUGGAGAGGUGUGCUGAAGUCAUAGUUCUUGUCAAAAAUGAGCUCCAUUGGAACCGGGUACGACCUUUCGGCCUCCACCUUCUCUCCAGAUGGCCGAGUGUUUCAGGUGGAGUACGCCAUGAAGGCUGUAGAGAACAGCAGCACGGCCAUUGGGAUCCGCUGUAAAGACGGGAUUGUGUUUGGGGUGGAGAAGUUGGUUCUGUCCAAACUGUAUGAGGAGGGCUCCAAUAAACGCAUCUUCAACAUUGACAGACACGUCGGCAUGGCGGUGGCCGGCCUGCUGGCUGACGCUCGCUCCCUGGCUGAGGUAGCCAGAGAAGAAGCUUCCAACUUUAGAUCCAACUACGGGCACGACAUUCCUCUGAAGCACCUGUCGGACAGAGUGGCCAUGUACGUCCACGCUUACACGCUGUACAGCGCCGUGAGGCCGUUCGGCUGCAGUUUCAUCCUGGGCUCAUACGACAAAGACGACGGGGCGCAGCUCUACAUGGUCGACCCGUCAGGCAUCUCAUACGGUUACUGGGGAUGUGCCAUUGGAAAAGCAAAACAAGCUGCCAAGACAGAGAUUGAGAAGCUGCAGAUGAAAGAAAUGACGUGCAGAGAACUGGUUAAAGAAGUCGCCAAAAUAAUCUACAUCGUACACGACGAGGUGAAGGAUAAAGCGUUUGAGCUGGAGCUCAGCUGGGUGGGAGACGUGACGAAUGGACGACAUGAGUUGGUUCCCAAAGAUGUCAAAGAGGAAGCAGAGAAAUAUGCAAAGGAUUCUCUAGAGGAGGAGGAUGACUCUGAUGAAGACAACAUGUAAAUCAGCACCGGCGCUCUUCCUCUUCAUCACAUCCUGCUACUCAGACUCAUCUGAGCUAUUUUUAUAUUGUUUGACUUUUCAUGUCUGGUUUUUGCAUUCUUCUUGAUUUUGAGCUUAAAUAAAUAAAACUAAACUUGUUUCUGA